GUUGCAGAGAAAAGACCAGAAAUUCCAUAUUUGUCAUUUUUCUCACAGAGAAACAGCUGUAUGUUUGUCUCUGAGACAAGCAUCCUCCCUCCUACAGGGAUGAGGGUGCGGGUGGUAAACAUGGAGGGCCAGGAGUUCAUAAUUGACCUUAAUCCAGACUUGAAAAUCGAUGCUGUCAAAAUCAGAUCUUUAGGUCAUUUCCUGAACCCAACUGAUAGUAUGAAAAGUUCUCUGUAUCACAAGAUUCUUCUCGUCCGCACAGGAAAAGUUCUUAGCGACGAGAAGACAUUGUCUCAAGAAGGAGUCACUGAUAACGAUGAGCUGAUUAUACUGAAAAAGAGACUAGUACCAUCAAGAUAUGAGAACAAAGAUUCACUACAGAAAGAAGAUGGUAAAAAGAUCACCAUGGAUACUAUCAAAGAGGCGACAUCCCGUCUCCCAGUUGCUAAAGCACCAAAGGCUCCAGAAACUCCACCAAACUUAGACUUUCAGACAGAACUAAGGAAAAUCUUGGUCUCUUUGAUAGAAGCUUCCCAAAAGAUUCUUUGUCUUAAUCCAGAGGCAUCAAAGAUAUUUAAACAAGCAGAAGACAUGUUGAAGGAAUCAUCAGAACCCAAGAUUGAUCAGGUUUCGUUGCGAAAACUUACAGAAAUGGGAUUUCCUGAAGGAAGAGCCAAGAAAGCUUUGAUGUUGAACAAGAUGUCCGUGACAGAAUCUAUGGAGUGGCUGAUACAGCACGAUUCAGAUCCUGGUAUUGAUGAAGGUGUGCUUAGUUCAGAAGAGUCACUGGAGCAGGAAGAACAGACUGAGGGUGCUGUGGGCGGUGUAGAUGACAACGACAUGACUCAAUCACCUCAGGUCACAAAUAUACUCAAGUCACUACGGGCAUUCAGAAGGAGGGAGUUCAAGGCAAAUCCCAGGGCCCUCCAAAACCUAGUGGAGAUGGGAUUCCCCGAGAAGGAUGCUAUUGAUGCCCUGAGAGUGGGCAGGAACGACCAGGAUGCAGCAUGUGACUGGUUGCUUGGAGACAGGAAAACCAAGCCUGAAGAAAUGGAGGAAGGGAUCGAUACUAACAGCUCCAUCUACAAAGCCAUCAUGGCCAAUCCAACAGUACAGCUAGGACUCAACAACCCCCGAUGUCUUCUAGCAUUUUUACAGAUGUUGGAGAGUCCAUUCAUGACCCAGCAGUGGCUGAAUGAUCCUGAGACUGGACCUCUGUUAGUACAAAUAUCUCGUAUUUAUCACUCAGAGAAACACUCUGGUGCACAGUCGGACACAGCCACCAAAACCACGGAUACCAUGACACUGUCAUCCUCUAUUUCAUCAUCAGCUUCAUCUGACUCCUCUUUUGCUAGCACAUCAACGCAAAUCCUUUCAUCUCAGCAUAAUCGAACAUCCCAGGAGUCCCUCUCCAUCCCUAAUAGCCAAAUGUCAAGGUCAGAGAGUGACCCUAUUGGCACAAGGUCACGAUUACAAGACAAUGACACAGUAGAUUCAGGGUCAAUGUUACCCGAAGAUUCAGUUUCCUUAGGAAAUUCUCGGAUGGAGGGCAGUAGUGAAAAUGAUCUAAGACCUUCAGUUGCUAGGCAACAAAGAGAGGCAGGGUCUCCUCCAGUAACAAUGUCAAGGUCAUCGUCAGGAAAGGUGAAAGGUGACAAUAAAUCUAAAGGGAGGUGACGUCCUGACUUUGAGGCAUCAAGAUUUUAUAAUUAUUUAUGAUUUGUAUGGAAUUCACAGCACUAUCAUUUUCUUCAUUACCAAAAACUAUUUUCAUUCCUAAUCCUGAUUCUUACUAAAAUAUGGCACAGUGAAUUUCCUGUGAAUUCAACAUUGCUAUGCCUCCAUUACAUCAGAUUCCUUGAAUAUUUCGAUUGUGUUUAGUAUAUUGUCAUCUACUGCCAUAUGAAUAUUUUGAAAGAACUUGAAAGAUUUCAUGAUUAAAUAUGAAACAUAUCCUGUGACAGAGAGAAAUGAAUGAUUUAAAGAUAAUGCAAGCAAUCCUUUUUGUCAUGACUGAUUGUUAUAAAAUGUUUAAUUCAUAAAACCAUUCUUAUUACAAGGUCAGUGAUAAAUUUACAUCAAACCAGAACUUUUAACUGUAUAUAGAUAUUAAGUAAUUUAAUUUCAACAAAAUGUCACAAAUAUUACCACUCAACAGAUGAAGUUUUAUUGGAUCCAUUAGGAAGAAACUGCCUCAGUUGUACAGUAAAUCAAAGGUCUGCAUAAUGAUUCAUAUCAAACAUAACCAAUGCUUAGUGUUGGAAAUAAUGGUAAGGAAUAAGUACUGGUAUACAUUAAGAUGAGGUGUUUGAAUAUUUGUACCAUUUCAUAUUUAUGUAGUUAAAAAAGUGCUAUAAAGAUAUUUCAUUUUUCUCAGACAUUAAGAAUUCAAAAAUUCAUAUUUCUAAAUAUAAAGUUUCAAAUCAUUUUAAUUGAUAGCCACAAAUAUAAGAAAUAAUUACCUUUUGGAACUAAGCUCUGUUGUAUGUAGUAGUACACCACAAUUAAGUUCUAGCAGGCAAAUAUGUCCACUCGCCACUUCAGUAAACUUCAGAGGAAUAGUGUUGGGUUUUUGAAAAGGAUUGUAAUGAAGUCCCUGUAGACUUAAGGUCAAACUUAUGGUUUGUUUGCAAGUUUUCUGUUGGUCCAAGGACAAGUUCUAAUUAAAUUCCAUUGGUAAAUUGAUCAAAUUGUCAAUUGAAAAACAGAUGAUGAAAUGUUUGGGUUGUUGACACUUGAGAUUUUCAUUUAUGUUUGUUUUGGUAAUGUGUAUGUAUAAUGUAUACAGGUUCAGAUAUCUUAAUUAUAAAAUGAACAUUCACUCUAUCUUUAUAAACCUGUAUACAUAUACAUGUAUGAUAAAAUUAUUUGAAAUUAACUUAUAUUAACCUCUGAAUUUUUGGUAGACAUGCCGGAUAAGUGGUUUAAAAGGGAAAUAUGACCCAAUGUGUUUUUUUAUAUAUUGUUGUUUCAAAGAGAUUAAAAUCCAUUUCUUUUUGUUUAUCACUUGAUAUCUCAUAGAAGUGGUGACUGACGACCCAGUUUAUCUGUAGAUGUAACACAGAAGUGGUGACUGACGGCCAAGUUUAUCUGUAGAUGUAACACAGAAGUGGUGACUGACGACCCAGUUUAUCUGUAGAUGUAACACAGAAGUGGUGACUGACGACCCAGUUUAUCUGUAGAUGUAACACAGAAGUGGUGACUGACGACCCAGUUUAUCUGUAGAUGUAACACAGAAGUGGUGACUGACGACCCAGUUUAUCUGUAGAUGUAAUACAGAAGUGGUGACUGACAUGCAGGCAAAUUUAUCUGUAGAUGUGACUGACGGCCAAGUUUAUCUGUAGAUGUAUGACUGGCGGCCCAGUUUAUCUGUAGAUGUAACACAGAAGUGGUGACUGACGGCCAAGUUUAUCAGUAGAUGUGUGACUGACGGCCAAGUUUAUCAGUAGAUGUGUGACUGACGGCCAAGUUUAUCAGUAGAUGUAACACAGAAGUGGUGACUGACAUGCAGGCAAGUUUAUCUGUAGAUGUACUUCUAGUUUUGAUGUCAAUUACACACAUUUGAAUUCAAUAACAAUAUAGAUACAGGUCUACUUAAGUAAUUAUCAAGGAUUGAUAUUUAAUUGAUAUUGAUAUUAAAAGACUAGUGUGUAUGUGACACAGAAAAUAUCAACAAUUUGGAUUUGUUAUUCAGAUACAUUGAUAAGGAAAGGAAAUAAGCUGACCUUGGUUAGAAAACUGAACAUGUACAACAGAAACAUGUUGUUUAGUUGUCGUCAUUUCCACAUUAUAAUGUUACUUGUUACUGAAUAAGUACUGUAUACAUAUACAGAGUUACAGUGUAAGCAGCGGUGUUACUUUUUUAGUGUUACAUUAAAAGGAUAGACUAACAUAUGAUGUAACACAAUCAGUAUAACACAGACUGAUAUCAAGUACUACUUCUGUGGCUGCUAAGUAUUGUGUGUUACGGAUAUGAUGUUUACGAUAUUAUUAGAGUGUAAAGAUCAUAAACGGACUACCAUGCUGUACUAAUUAAUCUGUCGAUGCCAUUAAAGAUAUCGCAACGAGAAGAUGACCUAUAAAUCGGACCAUUGAAUCCAGUUCGGUAACUUAUAAACUUUUUGUUAUGAUUGUGAAAGAUUUUAAGAAAUUAUUUGGUGAAUUGUAAACGUAGUGUUGUUAAGUAUACUUGUAUGUGUGUGUGAGUGUGUUCUGUCAGAUUGUAAUGGUGCAUUUAUAAGUACAUUUUGAAUGUGAUUCGUUGAAGUUUUAUUUCACAACCUGUAAGAUACAUACUGUGUAUUCUUAAUAGGUUUGAAGUUUUUUGUCUAUUUUCAAAAUAGUCAUGAAAACUAAAAAAAAAAAAAAAAAUGUGCAAAAUUAGAUUUUUUUUUACUGUGAAAUGAGUUGUGGAAAUUGUCCAGUACUGAUGGUGGCACAAUGCUGUACCUAUGAUCUUUAUGAGCUAAACUAAGGCAGUGUUUAACCUAUAAUAACUAUACCAAGGGAGUAUCUCUUUAAUACAGUAAACACAAUUAUUACAGUGGAAAUGUUCCCAGAAAAACAGAUGGAGUCGAAAUAAAUAAAUCAUUCAAAUUUACUUGAUUUUGUAUAAAUGGCACAAAAUGCUAAGCUCUGAUAGAGAUCCAUAAGAAAGCUAAUGCAAAAAUGUGGUCCUGAAUAUUUUAUGUAUGGCUGUGCCUUAUGUGAAAACUACAGAACAAAAAUGUGAUUUUGUUUCAAAACUCCCGAAGUUUUUUAUUGUCUCUUUAAAUGCUCUCCAGGAGACGUGUACUAUUAACAAAUUAGCAAUGUCAGCAGCAAUUGUUUCGAAAAUGAAUAAGAUCAACAGGGAAUGAAGAAUUCCAUAUCUUUUGAAAUCGUUGAAUAUCAAUAAAUAUCUCUUUGAGAGUAAAUUCGAAAAUUGUCAUCGUAUGGUUCAAUUAAAUCAUUUGCUGUUGUGAAUUGAAUUUGAAAAAAAACUACACCACACGGGAAACUAAUAUAGCCAAUAUUUUUCAACAAAAGUCAAAAAAAAAGGCAUAGUCAUAUUUUCGUCAAGUAACAGUGAAGAAUGUAAGUUUAAAGAAGUUUUUGGUAUAUGCCUUGUAGAGAUGUACAGGUCUACAGUAGAGUCCGGGAGAGAUUGCCGGACUACAAUGAAACACACUACAGCAACAUAAGGGUCUGUAUGUGUUACAUGUCUGUUUAAACAACCCUUUUACAGGAAAUAAAAGUUAGCUUUAAUGUGCGGCAUGUUUUGAUGUUCUAGUUAUCAGUCCUUUUCGCCGGAGAAACAAGUCAUAUACGAAUUGUUCUGCCGCAUGUUUGAACAGCUAAAAUGAGACAUUCCGCCGAAUUAGUAGACCAAAAGGCCACAAAAAUACCUAAAAUAAGACAUUCUGCCAAAUUAGUAGACCAGAGGACACAAAAACACCUAAAUUGAGACAUUCUGCAGAAGUAGUAGACCAAAAGGCCAUAUUUUCGUACUAUGAAGUUGUGUCUUUGUGAACUUUAUUGUUCAUUGUCACACCGUGGUGAAUGCUGCAAACCAUGUUUUUGUAACUGUAUCGUAAGAUGUUACUAGAUUAAUUGCGAUACUGAUUGCAGUGUAAAUUGUUAUAACAAUGUAACGAAAGACACACACAGAAUAACACAUUAGAAUAUGGAUUUAGUAAUGGAGACAGUUUACAUUGUAGCCGGAUAGAACAAUAUCUCGUACAGCUGUUUCGUCCUUCUAGGACACGUAUUAGUGUUGAUCAAAGCCAAAGGUGUAGAGGUCCAGAGGGGGAAGAUAGGGAUAUCUAAUGAAAUGUAUUGAUUUAUGAUCUCACCAAGUAACUCUGUUGAAUCAACAAAUCGGAAAAAUUGGAUAUUUCUUAACACCAGAUACGAGUGUAUAUUGCUGUAACUGUGCCACUGUUAAUGAUAAUUUAGCCGUGGGGUGUUGGGUAACAGCACACUUCAGGACUAAACAUGUCGCCACCAAUCAAUCUCAAAGAAUCGUACAAAAAAAGACGUUCAAUAAUGAUCCAAUUACUAACGGCCCUGAAUCUGUAUAUUGUAUAACUGGAUAAUUGGACGGUGAUGCUUCCCCGAAAAUGUUUGCUAUAUUGGAUUAUUUACAGAAAUCUUUAUUCACACAUGAUCAUACCGGAAUGUUAAAUCAUUCAUGUAAAGAGUGAUUCAUUAAUAGGUUCUAGCAAUUUAUCAAAUGUUUGAGAGGUAUGUUUCUAUGCAAAUAAAGAUAUUUGGUCAAGCAAGU